CGCUCAUUUCUUCACAUUGUGCUGUGCUCUUGCUGUGUGGCGUAAGGAAUCAUACAGAAAAUGAAAACGGAUCCGAUUUGUGUUUGGCUUUGGGUGAGUGGUUUCACAGGUUCUCAACGGUAGGUGAGAGAAAAUGAGUCGAGGAGGUGCAGCAGGUGCCAAGGGAAAGAAGAAGGGGGCUACAUUCAUCAUUGACUGCGCCAAGCCAGUGGAGGACAAGAUCAUGGACAUUGCCUCUCUCGAGAAGUUCGUCCAAGAGAGGAUUAAGGUCGGUGGCAAGGCCGGUGCUCUCGGCGACACUGUCUCCGUCGCACGCGAGAAGACCAAGAUCAUCGUUACUUCUGACAGCAACUUCUCUAAACGCUACCUUAAGUACUUGACAAAGAAGUACUUGAAGAAACACAAUGUGCGGGACUGGCUCAGAGUGAUUGCUUCUAACAAAGAUAGAAGUGUUUAUGAACUGAGGUACUUCAACAUUGCUGAGAAUGAAGGAGAGGAAGAAGAUUAAUCAUGUCACCUAGUUAUUCAUUUUAAAACCUUGUUUACCCAUUUUCUCAUCGCUAGCUUCUAUUUUGCCAACUAUUAGCUCCAGAUAUGUUGUUUUAUUUACUUUAGUUGCAAUUUAACAGUUUUGUUUAUUUAAGAGUUUGGUGCCAUUUAUGUUGAAUUCAGAUUUGAAUUCACAUUAUAUUGUCAAAUUUCUCCUUUGAUACAGUUCCAUUGCAUUUUCAUACUUCCCUUGGAUUUCACAAUCAAAUCAACUAAAAUUCUUCCCCCA